GAACAUGGUUAUUUAUUAAAGAAUCAUGCUUAUCCACUUGAAGUUGAAUAUGAGGAACCUCUUAAAUUACCUUAGAUUUAAAGUGAAAGAUAUUAAAAAUGUGAAGCGCCUAAAAUUUGGGAAUCAUCAUUAUUUACAGGAAGUAGAGUAUAACUAAGAUAGAGAUAGUAGAAGAGAUUAGAAGGAAUUAAAUUGGCUGGGUGUUUGUCAUUAAAACACUUUGACGAUUUACAUUAAUCAUAUAAAGAAAUUUAAUGUAAAUUGAAUA